AUGGCGGACGACCAGGAGAGGCGUCAGCUAGUGCUUCGACGUACGGCACUUCUUGCUUCACUCAGAAGAGCAGGGAUAUUUAUGGCGGAAUACCAGGAGGAACGGGACAGGCUCGAGGUGGCGCUGCGGAUCGAAAACCUGGACGUAAUCCGGCAGGAUCUUGAGGACAUCCAAUCGGUUCUUGAAGGCAUCGAGGAAACAAAUGAAGGUAUAACCCUAAACACCCAAAUUCGCUCUGCAUUUGAAGGGCAGUUUUUCAAAAUAAAGGCUGGUCUGCUGUCAAAACUGCCUCCGUCUAUUCCUGUUGGCAGUGCUCCUCAUCCUACCCCCCCUACAUUUCCCUCCAGUCUUAAGGGUCUCAAACUUCCGACGAUCACGUUGCCUGAAUUCAACGGGGAUUUCAAAGAGUGGUUGGCAUUCCACGACACAUUCCUAGCGUUGAUCCAUUUGAAUCAGGAUGUUCCGGAGAUCCAGAAAUUCCACUACCUCAAGUCAGCGGUAACGGGUGAAGCCGCUCAAAUAAUCGAGUCGUUCGCGAUCAGUGCCACUAAUUAUUCUUUAGCUUGGCAGGCAUUGGUCGGAAGGUAUGCGAACGAGUAUCUCCUGAAGAAACGGCAUCUACAGGCGAUGCUGGAAAUCCAAUGGAUAAAAAAGGAAACUACCGCUUCAUUGCAUGGGAUUGUCGACGAGUUCGAGCGGCAUACCAAAAUCCUGCGGCAGCUUGGAGAGCCAGUGGACGGCUGGAGCACAAUACUGGAACAUUUGCUGUGCGUUCGCAUUCCUGAUGAUACUCUCAAGGCAUGGGAGGAUCAUGCAUCGACAAUAGAGAAGCCAAGUUAUGAAGCCCUUAUUGAGUUCCUGCAUCGACGCAUCCGUGUUCUGGAAUCAAUUUCGGUGAAUCACGUUCAACCUCCACCGCAGUACGUCACGUCCUCUCACGUUUCGGCAACUCGCAAGUCCACCCAGAUGAAACCGUCGCCCAGUACAGCAGUCGACACUCCAGGAAAGUGCUAUGCUUGCUUCGGAGACAGUGCAGGUCCCCCUCGCUCCGACCAAGCUUCAUCCUCUACUGGCAACUUUACACGAGCGUCGACUAACGUGAGUGUAGCUUCGGCAGGUGAUGAGUCAUCUUCUCCCAUGUUAUCUGCAGCCACUUCCAUCCAACCGAGAGAAAUCAACUGCAGUCUGCCACUGCAAGGAACCGGGAAGAACGUGUUUAUGCUCACAGCGGUCAUCGUGGUCAUCGAUCGCUAUGGUAAGGAGCAUUUCGCACGUGCGCUUUUGGACUGCGCAUCUCAACCAAAUCUGAUUACCGAGAAGAUGGUCCAGCUGCUACGACUGAAGCGAAGCAAAUCGAAUGUUAUCGUUCAAGGAAUCGGUGAGCAAUCGCAAAACGCCAGAGAAUCAGUUCACGUCCAGAUCCGGUCCCGAAAGCAGGAUUUUUCGAUGAAUGUUGAGUUUUUAAUACUUCAAAAAGUAACCCCCGAUCUACCCGUCCACGAUAUUCCAGUGGACUACUGGAAGCUUCCUUCAAAUCUGUUCCUGGCGGAUCCCCAAUUCCAUAAACGUACGCCAAUUGACAUGAUCCUAGGAAUCGAGCAUUUCUUCUCAUUCUUUCCAACGGCAAACAGGAUUCAACUACCUAAAUCUCUUCCGAUGCUUGUCGAUAGUGUUUUCGGAUGGUUAAUUUCCGGCUCAGCUGAUAAGGUUCCUUCAGCUAAACAGAAUCCUCCCUGUAGCAUCGUAGCUGUUUCCCUAUUCACGCUUGAAGAGAGCGUCGAACAGUUUUGGAAGGUUGAAGAGCUACAAGCCCGGUCUGCCUAUUCGUUGGAAGAAAGGCGAUGCGAAGAAUCAUUUUCAUCUACCACAACGAGAACAACAGAUGGACGAUACAUGGUACGUUUACCCCGCCAACCCAACUUCAACGAGCUGAUUGGAGAUUCCAGAUCUAUGGCACUCCGUCGGUUUCUCCUCCUGGAAAAACGACUUGCACGGAAUCCUGAACUGAAGAAUGAAUACCACAAGUUUAUGGAAGAAUACCUCUCCCUUGGACACAUGCAGCGUGUUCGAGAAGACGACGGACAGUAUUCCCAAGCAUACUACCUCCCGCAUCACCCGGUAGUGAAGGAAGCCAGCACAACGACGAAAGUACGUGUGGUUUUCGACGCGUCGGCCAAGACCUCUACAGGCUCAUCUCUCAACGAAGCUCUACUAGUAGGUCCUGUGGUGCAGGAUGAUCUCCUAUUGACCAUUCUUCGGUUCCGGACAUUUCCCGUGGCGUUGGUGAGUGAUAUCGCCAAAAUGUACCGGCAAGUUUUGCUCCAUCCCGACGAUACACCUUACCAGAGAAUUCUGUGGCGAUCCGACCCGGCCGAUCCAAUCCAAUGCUAUGAGUUGUUGACUGUUACGUAUGGCCUGAGCCCAUCAUCCUUUCUAGCCACACGCACGUUGCAACAGCUGGCUAACGAUGAAGGCGAUUCCUAUCCGCUGGCCGGACCCGCUGUUCGGAAGAGUUUCUACAUAGAUGACUUCAUCGGAGGAGCACAGUCCAUCACAGAAGCAAUCCAGUUAAGGACAGAACUCAGUGAACUCCUGGCGAAAGGCGGUUUUCCACUUCGAAAAUGGACAUCUAAUCAGCUACCAGUGCUGGCAGGUCUGUCACCCGAUGAAAUUGGUACCCAAUCAUCAAUUCAGUUUGACAAGCACGAGACGGUGAAAACACUAGGAAUUUCCUGGGAACCUGAGCCUGAUAUCCUUCGCUUCGACUCCGAGAUUCGCCAACACAAGCAUGCACCAACGAAACGAUCGAUCCUUUCGGCAAUCUCUCAACUGUUCGACCCAUUGGGGUUAAUAUCGCCGAUUGUCAUCAAGGGUAAGAUGCUAAUGCAACGUUUGUGGCUGCUACCAUGUGCUUGGGACGACGAGGUACCCAAUCAUAUAGCGACGUCCUGGGAGAAAUAUGCAGCACAACUUCCAAAGGUGGCAAAUUUCCGCAUCAGCCGUUACGCCCUACUACCAAACUCCACCAUCCAGCUUCAUACGUUUUCCGAUGCAUCGGAAUCGGCGUACGGUGCGUGUACUUAUGCCAGAUGUGUCGACUCCUCGGGACAGAUUCGUGUUCAACUGCUUGCUUACAAAUCCCGAGUCGCACCUUUGAAGAAAAUUACACUACCUCGCCUAGAACUGUGUGCUGCAGACAUUGCAGCCAAAUUACACACCCGGAUCGUCGAGGCGCUCCAAACUCCCAUCGCUGGUUCGUAUUUUUGGUCCGACUCCACCGUAACCCUGCAAUGGCUGCGAGCACCUCCUAAUACCUGGAAAACGUUUGUGGCGAACCGAGUAUCGGAGAUACAAAGCUCUACGCAUGGAGCCUUUUGGAAUCACGUAGCCGGAACAGAAAAUCCCGCGGACCUAAUAUCACGCGGCAUGCACGUCGACGACUUUCUGGUCAGCAAAUUGUGGAAGGGAGGUCCCAAUUGGCUGUCGAAUCCAAGAACGAAAUGGCCAGUCUUAAAAUUUACUGAAUACCCAGAAGACGGGAAGGAACGCAGAAAGCUGAUUACAGCCGUCACAAGGACUCAAGUGAUAUGCAGUACCAUCAAUCCGAUCUUUGCCAGAUUUUCAUCCUACGAACGUUUGCUUCGAUCUACAGCCUACAUCCUUCGAUUCAUCGCCAAUGCUCGCUGUAAAGCGCGCACGCAACCGCUCCCCCUUACUGGUCCGAUUCCCAGUAUCUCGCUUAAUGUGAAGCACCUGAACAACGCAGAACAAAAACUGACUCAGCUGGCUCAAGCAGAUGCAUUCGACGAGGAGAUCCAAAAUUUGCAGCAUAACAAGGCCGUCGGAAAGCGUUCUGCAAUCCGUCUACUGACUCCGUUUCUAGACCCUGAGGGAACUAUACGUGUAGGGGGGAGACUUAAACUUUCAGACCAGCCAUUUCUAUUCAAACAUCCCGCCCUAUUGCCCAGCAACCAUCCCCUCACUCGUUUAAUUGCCAAAUCCUACCACAUAUCACUUAUUCACGGUGGCGGCCGCCUAACACUUGCGGCUAUACGAGAAAAAUACUGGCCAGUCAACGGGCGACGACUGGUUCGCAGCAUCCUUCGCAGCUGUUUCCGUUGCGCCAGAGCCCAGCCUGUCCCGACCACUCAACAGAUUGGUCAACUUCCCCUGCAUCGAGUAGCACCCAGUCGACCGUUUGCCAUUUCUGGUGUGGAUUAUGCAGGACCAGUCUACUUGAAGCCGGUACACAAGCGAGCUGCUGCAACUAAGGCUUACAUCAGCAUCUUCGUCUGCUUCUGCACCAAGGCGGUGCACAUCGAGUUGGUGAGUGACCUGUCGACGCAAGGCUUCCUGUCGGCACUUCGUCGUUUCAUCGCUCGUCGUGGACUACCGAGUGACUUGUACUCUGACAACGGAAAGAACUUCGAAGGCGCCGCCAACGAACUGGAUGAAGUCUACCGAAUGCUGCAAGAUGAGUCGCAGAUGCGACAAAUUACGUCUGAUCGAGCCUGUGAACGUAUCACUUGGCACUUCAAUCCGCCGAAGGCCCCACAUUUUGGAGGAUUGUGGGAGGCGGCGGUCAAGGUGGCCAAACAUCAACUGUACCGACAGCUCGGCAAUUCAAAGCUGUCUUUCGAAGAUUUAACCACCCUGCUAACGCAGAUCGAAGCGAGCAUGAACUCGCGCCCUAUCGUACCACUGAGUGAGGACCCGAAUGACAUCGCUGCGCUAACUCCUGCGCACUUCCUGAUCGGUAGCACAAUGCACUCCCUGCCCGAACCAGAGUUGCAUCGAUUGCCACUGAACCGUCUGGACCAUUAUCAACGUCUACAACGAAUCUAUCAGCAGUUCUGGUAUCAUUGGCGGACAGAAUACCUUCAAGAGCUGCAACGAGACUCUAAGGUUUGUCAUCCCAAUGCAGACAUUCAACCGGGGAGACUCGUAGUGCUGACUGACGAACUUCAAAUGCCGGUGAAGUGGCCAUUGGCUCGAAUAAUUGCCGUUCACCCAGGCAAAGACAAGCUGGUGAGAGUUGCUUCACUGCGCACUAGCCGGGGAGUCAUCGUACGGCCAAUCACCAAAAUCUGCUUGCUUCCGCUGGAAGAACGGGAUGCCGAAUUACCGCACGGAGACGAUCAACCCACAACCCGCCCUGCGGAAUCCCAGGAGGAUCACACCGGAGGAGAACACUAA